CAAACUUUUUUAUUUCCGUUACCAGGAAGUAGAAAUGAACUAUUUUACAUUGAAGGAAGACAUAUUUGAUUUCUUUUAAUUUCGUUUUGUAUAGUGUUGUAUGCAACAUAUCAAUAUUGGUUUAAAAACUGUAUAGAUAUAAAAAGUUGGGAAAUAUUAUACGGUAGCCAUGGCUGUUCCAGGUAAAAAAGCCACCAAACAGUUUUCAUCGUCAACAAUCUCUAAGGGUUCUGAUGAAGAUCUUAAAAUCUACUGUCAGCCAUGUGAUCGGGAUGGACCUAGGCUUCCGGCUCAUGGUUAUUGUGUAAACUGCUCAGAACAUUUGUGUGAAACAUGUUUUACAGUUCACAGAAGACACACAUUGUCAAGGCACCAUACUCUACUAGACAAAUCCAGCAUGCCACAGACCCUGUCACCUUUGUCACAGAGACCGUCAGAUAACUUCACAAAACCAUGUCCUAAACACAACAUUGAGAUGAUCAAGUUUUACUGCCAUGAUCAUAAGGCUCUACUUUGCAGUGUUUGUGUUACACUUGAGCACACGGCAUCAUCUUGCAAUGUUGAUUAUAUACCUGACAUUUCAGGCCAGAUCAUCAAAAGCGAAGAGUACCAAAGUGUAUUAAAUGAAAUUGACGACAUAACUAAGAAAUGUAGCAAAACGCUCAAAGAUAUAAAGAAAAAGAAUGAUGAAUCAAACAAGUCUUUGACAGAUGUAAUGACUGACAUAAUGAAAUUCCGAACAAAAAUCAACCAGAGACUAGAUGAAUUGGAAAGACAAGUAUGGGAGGCUGCAAAGGCUAUCCAAGAGGACAAUAAUAAGCACUUGACGAAAGUAGAAACAGUAUGUGGAGAUGUGUCAAAAUCUAUGAAACUAUCAUCUGAUGCCAUUAAGCAUUUAAAUACACCAAGCCAAGCCAAUGAUUUGUUCAUCGAAUUAAAAAAUGCCGAAAAGAUGAUGAAAGAUAAUGCACAGAGAGUUUCUAAACUCUCAAAAUUUAACAUCAAAGAAUACAUCUUUGAACAGAAUGAGUCAAUAGCAGAUUUUCUUGAUAAAGAGAAGUCAAUAGGAACAUUAAAGAGUAAAACAUUUAAUCCUGCUUUGAAGUCCAGACAAUGUUCACUAACGGAUAAAAUAUGUAUCAAAACAUCACAAGAUACGAGUAGUAAUGCUUGUUGGAUAACAGGAAUUACCAAUCUUACUCCUAACAUUCUUAUUAUCACAGAAUAUCAUAACGUGGCCGUGAAAAUGGUUGAUAUCAGCAGAAAGUCUGUACUAGCUCAGCAUUGCUUUGACAGUCAACCUUGGGAUGUCACAUCAGUUUCAGAAAAUGAACUUGCUGUUACAUUUCCAGGGAAUCGUUCUAUACAAUUCAUAUGUGUUUCUGGAAAUAACUUGAAGAAGAAACAAGCUAUUAAGGUUGAUGGACUAUGUUGGGGUAUUAGCUAUCAAGAAGAUAAAAUGGUGGUGUCAUUAAGUAAUCCUGCUAAAGUUCAAAUCCUUGCUAUCAACGGGACUGUGUUACAUACAAUCGAAGAUGAGAAUAUUUUCAAACGUCCUGACAACAUUGCCACAUGCGACAAUGGUAUCUACAUAUCUGAUUGCGGAAUGAAAACAAUUACUAAGUUAAACUGGCAAUGUGAGGUGAAAGGUGAAUAUGUUUGCACAGUCGAUCCACGUGGCUUGACAAUGUCAGAAGACUGGACCGUGUUUGUUUGUUAUCCUGACAACAAAACCAUUGGAGAGAUAUCAGACGACUGCAAUGAAGGACAAGUUGUUGUAGAUGAUAAACAACUGAAGCCCUGGGCAGUCCACUGGUCCGAUGAAACAAGUUCUUUAUACACAAGCACCCAAAGUUCAUCAGAAGAUGAUAACUUUAUCAAAAUCUUUAAAUUGUCUAAAUAAGGUCAGAAAAUCUUCUACAAAGAAGGAAAAAAUAUAAUACAAAUGUAUAAUCAAUUAAUCAUGUUAUAUAUAGAUAUGGCAAGUGGUUGGAAUAUACGCUUUAUGAACUUGAUAAAGUUAUAAACUGAUUAUAAACAAGUUAAAUGUAUAUAAUACUGGUGUUACAAAAUAUGAGGAAGACAAGACAGCAGUUAAUUAACCAUUUUAUCUUUACAUUGUCAACAGUUGAAAACAAAAUUGUUAAUCAACAACUAUAUUUGGAUUUAUAUGUCAAUGUAUAUAUUUUGAUAUCAGAUAUUGUUGACAUAUUAAAAUUACAAAGGGGCCACUGGCAGAAUGGUAUUUGUGUAACAAGAUAUAAGCUAAUGUAAACUAUAACUGGUCCUGUAUACUUUAAAGUUAGCAGGACCUACUACCCUAUGAAUUAAUUGGCAAUAAAUGUACACAAGAGAACUCAUAAAAAUCCCUAUAUAAAGCUACGUAGCAUUGACGGCUCCCAGAAAUCAAAGCCACUGUGACCUUUGCAAACCGACUACAAAAUCAAGUGAUUAUCCACUAGUUUUGACCGGAUUCUUCACACCAAAUCUUAGCACAGUAGGCCAGUGUUCUCGAGCUAUCAGGUCAGAUAACCUUGCAACAGUGACAUUGGCCAAGUGAAAAUGAUGUUUAAAAAUAUAAAUAAUUAUAAGAAAUAUAUAUUGUAAGUCAAUUUUAUUUGGCUCCUUAAAGCAACCACUGACAAGUCGAUUAUUCUAAUGUUGGCAAUGUUCAGGAUAAUAUACUGUAUAUAGACAUUAAGCAUAAAAUAUAAAAAUGGUGUCUAGGAAUUCUUUUGGGGUUAAAUUAUUUGUUUGAUGGUGAACUUAUCAUUAAUGCAUGAAAAUAGAAAUGAAAAAACUGAUCCGAAUUUCACUUUGCUUAUUUAUAAAAUAUAUUACUAUUGGUCA